UUUUUCCUAAUAAGGAUGAGGGUAGUUGGGUUUUAGCUGCAUGUUGCAUGUGCUUUAUUCUUGCCUCGGUGAUAACAAUCAAAGUACUAAAGAGCCAAGAGAAAUGGAUUGGAAUCUCUGCCUAGUAGAAUCAAUCCACAUUCCACAAGCAUACCUCUGCAGCACUGUCGACUAGAGUUGGAAAUGAUGCUGGAGCCAAGAGAAAGUCAGGAAAAUGUCGAAACCCUUUUAUCGGUUUGGUUCUACCUUUUGGUGUUAUACAUAUAUGUACUCGGGUAGAGUUUUAUGAUGCAUAGAUGCUGCAUAUAAAACUGGCCAUCUCAAUAAUAUCAUAUAGUGUUGGUGAUUCUUAUGGAAUGUGACUAUAGGGGUGAAGAUAUAUAGCAAUUGGCUCGAGUUUACAACCAAUGGAACACUUCUUCUCAAUAGUUUUUUUUUAUGAAGGUGAAAAUUUAUUAGUAUCACAAAUACACCAGCGGUGUACACCAGAAACAGAACAAAGAAAAAGUCAAAAUCAACCCAGAACAAAAAGAAACAGGGUCCCUGCUAGUACUCAAAGAAAGAAACAAGAAGAAAAAAGGUGGAGACAUAAGCCCCAGCAAGAAAUCAUCCCAAUGGAAAACACACAGGGAGAACAUUGAUAUAAAGUCAACUGCUGAGAAGCAGCCAAGCAAAAACAAUCAAACCCAAUAUUCACUCUCUGGUGAAGAACCUUUUGGGCACAGUCCACCAAGAUUGGAAAGCUCAGUUGAGUGAUGUUAGCUUCUUGGAGCUCCCUUAAAGCUUGAUCACCUGUCCAACAAGAGUAGAACUGCUGAAAUUCACGCAUCUCAAGUUUGCUUUUCUUCCGCUCCAUCCAACUCAACAGGUCCUGCGUCACUUUAUACAGUGGCUGGUAUAUCAUCACAUCGCCUGAACAAACUUGGCGUAGUUCUGUCUGUAGUUCUUUUUUUGUGAUAAUGGCGAUAGAUUAAAAACUAGCAAGUGUCUCCCGCAACCAAGUCUUGCCCUGUUCCUUCUCCACUUUGCCAUGAGCCACCAGCCAUUCUAUCGUGCACCUCACCGCCUUAUUAGCCACCACGAUAGUCGUCGUAGAUUUCUCUUCAAAAACUCGCUGGUUUCUUUCCAACCACACCAGCCACCAAACAGCAUGGAGGAUGCAAGCUUUGAACCAGCCUUUUAUACAGUCUGGCGCAAGGUGAGGACAGUUUUUGAUAAUCGAACAUAUAUCUCCUCCUUGAAAGAACACUCCCUGUCUGGCACGGCUGAUGUGAUUCCAAACCUCCUUCACAAACUGACAUUCAAUGAACAAAUGGAAGGAGGUUUCUUCUUUGUUGUAGCAAAGGUGACAUCUGCUUGCCAAAGCCCACCCUCUUUUCUUCAGAUUUUCCGCCGUGAGGAUGUACUAUGGGCUUCAAUGGUGAGAAAUCCACUCCAAAUUAGCUCCUAAGGUUUGUUCUUCGCACUUUCUCUCUCUAGAACUCUGUUUUAGCUCCAAAAAGUCGAAUCCCCUUCCUAUGGCUCGAAUCUGCCUCUUUCAACCCGAUUCUGGGUGAAUUACGCAGAAGCACGAUCGUGCUUUUCCCUUGACCAUACUUUGCCCAAAACGCGCGUUUCACUUAGUGCAAAAUGGGAGAAACACGAGCAAUUCUGGGAAAAGCACUGGCGGUGUUUAACUAAGCAAGGUCGUGCUUUUCUCAUGGGCUACCCGUGCCUUUGCUUUUCUUCAGCACUCUUCAUGGUUGGCUCUUGUAGGGGUUGGCAUUCGGUCGGUUCGGUUUCGACCGAACCAAAAUUAUGAAUAUCGGGUCUCUGAAUUCUCCCAAACCUCAAACUGAAUUCGAACCGAAUUAUAAUUCUGUUCGGUCGGUUUAAACCAAAUUAUAAUUCGGUUCGAUUCGAUUCGGAUUUUCACACAAAAUCGAAUUUGUGAAGCUACUUGUAUUUUCUCACUUUUAAAUUAUUUUUCAUCCCUAAUAUAAACAAUAAAUAUGCAAUUAUAUGCAUCAUCAAUGAUAAAAUCAAACUUUUCAACACAUAAAUCAUAAAACAUUUCAAAUAUUUAAGUCUAAAAACAACUACAAACAUAAAAAUCCACCAUUUGGAGCUUGCAAUUAUAGUAUUUCGGUUUUUCGGUCGGAAAUUCGGUUCGGUCGAAAGAACCCUGAUUUCCGAACUAUCCAUAUUUUCCUUCCGAAUUCUGAACCGAAUAGCAUUAAUUCGAUUUUGGUUCGGUUUAAUUCGGUUUCGAUUCGGUUCGGAUUUAUCGAACUGUUUGCCCACCCCUAGUCUCUUGUCGGUAAAAGCACUGGCAAGAUGAUGAAAAACACGGUCGUGCUUUUCUCGUUGCCUGCUCGCAUGGUUGUCACCCCGGCCGGCGUGCCAUUGGUUCAACCUGGUUCAACCUGUACCGGUCAUAAAACCGGCAUGACAGCACCGGUAUGACCGGCAUGAUCGAUAUAUGAAUCUCCAAAUAAAAUGAUCUUAUUUUAGUGAAUUUAAUUGAUAAAAAGUAAUUUAUUAUUUAUUUUAUCUGUUAAAAAGUUAAAUGUUGAUGUUUAUUUGUUGGAUUCAAGUACAAAUAUUUAGAUAUUGACGUUAAAUGUCGUGUUUAAAUAUGAUAAUAUAUAAACUAUUUAUAAUAUGAACCGGCACAAACCGGUAUGUACCACCGGUUGAACCAUUCCACUUGCUAAACCGGCACACUGGCAUAAACCGGUUUGACAACCUUGUCUGCUCGUAUUUCAUCUCCAGAAUCGCCAAAUGAUCUCCAAACGACCCGAAACUUGCGCCUAAACCUUCGUAUACCCGCUAGGACCUGAAAUAUGACAAAAUAGCACAACCUAGCAUAAAAUAGGUCAAAGAGCAACAAAAUCGAUCCGAAAUGGUUAAGAUAUAAGUGUGCAAAUAUGACGUUAUCAUUUACUUUCCUAUGGACCUUACUGUCAUUUCCUCCUGCUACUCUUAACUACUUUUCUACUGCUAAGUAUUGAUGUCCUGAUCCAUUAUCAUUCUAAAUUCGAUGCCUUUAGUGCCUUGUUGCUGUGAUGCAAAGACUAUCUAACAUAUAUCUAGUAUUUAACAAUAUAUAUAUGGUGUGUAC